AUGGAUGGAGAUUUCUUCCUGGAAAGCUACCUUGACCAAUGCACUAGCCAGGAUGGUCUUGCAUCAAGCAGCCCGCAAGCAUAUGCUCCCUUGAGUCCCUUUGCGACAGAUCUGCCCAUUUCCUCAAUCCCAGACGUGUCGUUUGAUGCUCGGCCUGACCCAACCAAAGACUUCUCGACUAGCUUCUCUUCGGUGGACCUCAGCUUCCUCCCGGAUCUUGGACAAGAUAAUAAGCAUGAUGACAGCGAUGUGCCAGGUGAAGAGUCCGGCUCUCAGUCAGCAAUGCAAGACAGUGGCAUGGGCUUGGAGACCAGCGAUCUGUCUGAGCCGAGGGAUGGAGACGCAGCCCAGCUGUUGCCAGAUGCAUCUGGGGCCCGUCCCCCCUUGACACCAAUGACCCCAAUAACUCCAAUGACCCCAACUUCAGAAAGUUCAGGCAUCGUUCCACAGUUACAGAAUAUAGUGGCCACCGUGAACUUGGCUUGCAAGCUGGAUCUCAAAAACAUAGCCCUUCAUGCCAGAAAUGCAGAAUACAACCCAAAGAGGUUUGCCGCUGUGAUCAUGAGAAUCAGAGAACCACGAACGACAGCCCUGAUAUUUAGUUCUGGCAAAAUGGUCUGCACAGGGGCAAAAAGCGAAGAGCAAUCCAGGCUGGCUGCCAGGAAGUAUGCGCGGGUGGUGCAGAAACUCGGGUUCCCGGCGAAAUUCUUGGACUUCAAAAUACAGAACAUGGUGGGCAGUUGCGAUGUGAGGUUCCCCAUCCGGCUGGAAGGCUUGGUUCUAACUCACCAGCAAUUCAGUAGCUACGAACCAGAAUUGUUUCCUGGCCUUAUAUACAGAAUGGUCAAACCAAGAAUUGUAUUACUUAUCUUUGUGUCCGGAAAAGUUGUAUUAACAGGUGCCAAAGACCGAUCAGAGAUCUACGAAGCAUUUGAAAAUAUCUAUCCUAUUCUGAAGGGCUUCAAAAAACCCUCUUAA